CGUACCACCAUGGAAGCAGUGAGAGAAGUGGAGGAAACUUUGUCUGAGCUCAGGCAAACAUUCAAAGGUGGCAGAACCAGAAGCAUUGCAUGGAGGAAAAAACAACUCAGUUCGCUUCUCAAGCUUGUGAAUGACAAUGAGGAAAACAUUUUCAGAGCACUCGAUCAAGAUCUUGGCAAGCACCCUGUUGAAUCUUAUCGGGACGAAAUUGGAGUUGUGAAAAAAUCAAUCAAUCAUACUUUGAGCAAUCUGGAGAAAUGGGUUGCUCCUAAAAAGGUGGGAUUACCGUUGCCUAUGUUCCCGACGUCUGGGUGGCUGCUGCCCGAACCCCUCGGCGUAGUUCUCGUAUUUGCAUCUUGGAACUUCCCAAUAUCCUUGGCAUUGGACCCUAUGAUCGGAGCAAUAGCUGCAGGGAAUGCAGUUGUUCUAAAACCUUCAGAGCAAGCGCCCGCGAGCUCUUCCUUUCUUGCCAACACCAUCCCUCAAUACAUGGACAGUAAAGCGGUUAAAAUUGUUGAGGGCGGAGCAGAAAUCAGUGAACUCCUCCUGCAGCAGAAGUGGGACAAGAUAUUCUUUACUGGAAGUCAGCAGGUCGGGCGUAUUGUCAUGUCUGCAGCUGCAAAGAAUUUGACACCGGUUGCUCUGGAGCUGGGUGGAAAAUGCCCGAUUAUCCUAGAUUCCAUCUCAAGUCCUUCAGAUUUAAAGGUGGCAAUCCAAAGAAUUGUAGGAGGGAAAUGGGGACCUUGCAAUGGACAGGCAUGUAUCGGAGUUGAUUAUAUGCUCGUUGAGGAAAAGUUUGCUCCCACUGUGAUUGAAUCGCUGAAGAAAACAAUCAAGAGGUUUUAUAGUGAAAGCCCAAAAGAUUCAAAAUGCUUAGCCAGAGUCGUAAAUAAGCGCCACUUUGAGAGGCUGCGCAAUCUCUUCAAAGACCCUCCCGUUGCAGCUUCCAUUGUACAUGGUGGUUCACUUGAUGAAGAAAACCUGUUCAUGGAGCCAACAAUCUUGCUAGAUCCUCCACUCAAUGCUGCAAUCAUGACCGAAGAAAUCUUUGGCCCACUGCUUCCAAUUAUCACUGUGAAAAAGAUUGAAGAAAGCAUAGAGUUCAUAAACUCAAGGCCGAAACCUCUAGCCAUCUAUGCCUUCACUAAAGAUGCAAACUUCAGGAGAAGGGUUUUGUCCGAGACAUCCUCAGGAACCGUGGUUUUCAAUGACAUCUUGAUUCAAUUUGUCUGUGAAGCUCUACCGUUUGGUGGUGUUGGUCAGAGUGGCUUUGGGAGGUACCAUGGAAAGUAUUCUUUCGAUACUUUCAGCCAUGAGAAAGCAGUUGUGCAAGCAAACUUCUUCAUUGAAUUUGGGUCUAGAUAUCCUCCAUGGAAUGACUUCAAAAACAAUAUCAUCAGAUCCGCCUACAAUCUCGAUGACCUCAAUUUAGUUUUGCUCCUGCUGGGACUGAAGAGGUAGAAUUAACACCGAGUCAUCUAAGUGAACUUCGCAUUAUAUUUUCGGCUUCUGUUAGUAAUAUGUUAUGUAUUUCUGAUCAUUUAUCUUUGUUUUCGGCAAUUUGUAAUUUGAUACUGAAACUAUUUGCUGAGAAGUAGCAGGUGACUG